AUGACCAACUUCCAGGUCAAUAUCGUCAGCGACACCGUGUGUCCAUGGUGCUACGUGGGCAAGAAGCGCCUUGAAAAAGGCAUUGCAGCUUACAAGGAGAAACACCCCAACUCCAACGACACCUUCUCCACAUCUUGGUUUCCCUUCUACCUCAACCCAAGUGCCGGGAAAAGCAUGAACAAGCAGCAAGCGUAUUAUUCCAAAUUCGGAAAAGAGCGCACAGAAAUGAUGCAAGAACGCCUAACGGAAAUUGGCAAAGCGGAAGGCAUCAACUUCAAGUACGGCGGUAAUACGGGAAACACGCGCGAUUCGCAUCGUCUCGUACAGCUCGGGAAAACCAAGGGGCCUCAGGUCCAGACGCGUGUAAUCGAAGAGCUUUUUUCAGCGUACUUUGAGAACGAAAAGGACAUCACAACCCAUGAAGUUCUUACCGAGGCGGGCAUUAAAGCUGGACUUGACGAGAAAGAGGUCAAGGAGUGGCUGGAGUCUGGCAAAGGCGGACCAGAAGUUGAUCGGGAGGUGGAGCAAGCCAGGCAGCAGCAUAUUACUGGUGUGCCAAACUUUACGAUCAAUGAUCAGUAUGAGGUUUCAGGGGCGCAGGAUCCGGCUACUUUUGUUCAACUUUUCGAGCGCCUGAAGAAGCAGGAGGGCAGUCUUUGA